UCGAGACUGACUCCUUCACCGUUGAAAAGCAUCUGCAGCGGAUUCGAGGUCCUGCUCGCCGGCUUUCUUUAUUCAACAGCAGCAGCCUUUUCCCUACCGACGACUCUUAAUAUAAUAUAUAACUUGAAUAUUGAACCCUGUUGUAGUGAGAUCUGAUAGAUUGGAUCUUGAACAUCAGAAAAGAAAUAAUUGACCCCCUUGAAGAUCAUAGACUCUUUCUGGUAACCAAGCUGAGUCAUGACAGAUUCUCAGCAUUUGACAGACAGCGCACAGACUCGUGUCAAAGAAUUGUGCCCGACCGAUGGAAUUAGAAAGAAAGGCAUCUUAAUUGAAGAUGGAAAUCCUGCUCGAUAUCGUCUGGAAACAACAAUAGAUCAUAUUGAUGAAUCUGAGUCACACAGAAAAAUCAUCUUUGGUGAAAGAGACACAAAGAAACCUCAUAAAACAUUUCUGAUUGUGGGAGAAACAGGCACUGGAAAAACAACCCUCAUCAACACUAUGAUCAACUACACGUGUGGUGUUCAGAGAGAAGACAAGAUCUGGAUUGAGAUCACAGAUGAUCAGAGUGACAGAACAUCAGCUCACAGUCAGACCUCCAUCAUCACUGUCUAUGGUGUUUAUAUACCAGAGAGUUCAGUCGACCUAACAAUCAUUGACACACCAGGAUAUGGAGACACUCGUGGUACUGGUCAUGAUAAAGAGAUCGGCAGGAGUUUGCAGCAUGUAGGCACUUCUGAUGAUGUGGCUUAUGGAACCAGUGCAGUGUGUUUUGUGAUUAAAGCAGAUCAAAAUCGACUCACUGACAGACAACAAUACAUAUUUGAUGCUGUUCAGUGUUUAUUUGGUAAAGAUAUUGAAGAAAACAUUGUGUUACUCUUCACACACUCCACUGGCGCUCGCCCUAAAAAUGCUCUGACAGCCGUCAAAGAAGCUAAAAUCAAGUGUGCUGUAGAUGAGAAGAAGCAGCCCAUUUAUUUUCUGUUCAACAACUGUCAGUCAGAGGCAUUUGAUGAAGAAGAUCAAACAAUGCAGGAUCAUUUAUGGGAUCUCAGUUAUAAAGGAAUGACAGGGCUUUUCAAGUUUCUUGACACAGUACGACCAAAAACUUUACAAAUGACUAAAGAUGUUCUGCAAAAACGGAAGCAGUUGGAGGCAAACAUCUCCAAUCUCCAAUCGCGUGUUCAAGAGAUAGAGAUAAAACAUACUGAACUGAAACAAACUGAAGAAGCUCUGGAGAAACAGAACCAAUAUUUCCAAGACAACAAGAACUUUGAGUUCACAGUUGAAGUGCCCUACAAAGAAAUGGUUGAUAUCGAUCCUGCUGUAGCUGGAAAGGCAAUGUGCUGUACCGUUUGUGAGGAGAACUGUCACUAUCCAGAUUGUUGGUGGGUGAAAAGUCUCUCCUGGUGUACAGUGAUGAAAGGCGGUUACUGCACAGUGUGCACAAAAAAAUGUCACUACAGCAAACACAAGAAAGAAGCCAAAAUAUAUGUAACAAAGACAAAACCAGAGACAAAAUCAUCUGAAGAUUUAAAGAUUCAAUAUACACAAAAAAUGGGAGAAAAUACAUCUUUAAUGGACCAUCUGAAGACAGAAAUACACAGUUUAGACAAAAAGAAAGAGAAGCUUGUGACUGAAGCUUAUAGCUGUGUAGAAACCCUAGAGAUGAUCGCACUGAAAAGUGAUUCACUCUUCAUACUUCAGCACAUUGAUUUUCUGAUUGAGAAGUUAAAUGAAAUGGAAGACACAAACAAAGCUGCAUUUCUGAUGGACAUCAAGAAGAGAGCAGGAGAAGAAAGAAAGAAAAAAGAAUCUACAUACCAAUAAAUUCAACAAGAAUUAUCUGUGCAUCAGCAUGUUUUGAUCGAUGGCAUAUAAUGACAGUGUGCAAAAUCUAAUGAAAAUAGAAGUGUUCUCAUAUGAUGCUUCAGCCCAUCAUAAUAAUUAGCAAGACAUGCUUGAUUAACCAACAUCACUCGUUAUUUUAAAACAUUAAAAUCUAGCUAUACUGAUUCACUUGCUAGACCAGUAAUAAUAAUAAUAAUAAUACAUUUUAUUUAUAAAGCACUUUACAUUUUAGGGAAAAUCUCAAAGUGCUACAAAAGUGUUGUAAUAAAAUAAAACAGUUAAUUAGACAAUUUAAGAAGUCAAUUAAAAACAAAUACCAACCAACCUUUUUAAAAAGGUACGUUUUUAAACUCUUUUUAAGACCAUCAGUCGUUUGUGGAGCCCUCAGAUGUUCAGGGAGGGCAUUCCACAGGCGAGGGGCGGCGGCACAAAAGGCUCUGUCCCCAAUUGUGCGAGUCUUGGUCCUUGGAGGAAGGAGCCUGUGAGUGUUUGUGGAACACACCCACCAAGACCUGACUGCAAACCACAAAGUGUCUUUUAGUGAUAUAUAUAUGAUUUGUAUAGACUCACUGUAUUUUUACAAUAAUAAUUUAAUUUAGACACUUGAAAAUUAUUGAGAAUCCAAAACAAUCAUAACAAACCCAAUUAGAUUUAGUCAUUGACAAAACCUUCUCCAAGUCAGAACUCCUGGUUGUGCCGAGCCAUCCAUCAAUUGAACACCACCUUACCUUGCAGCUCAGAUCCUCAACUAUAACACCCAUCAAGUAUGCGAGGAACCUGGGGGUGAUGUUCGAUGACCAGCUGCAAUUCAACUCUUACAUUGCGGCAACCACUGGAACCUACAGGUAUGUGCUCUACAACAUCAGGAAAAUCAGACCUUUCCUGGCGGAGCAUGCCUCUCAGCUGCUAGUCCAAACUCUGGUCAUAUCAAGACUGGACUACUGCAAUUCUCUACUGCCCGGCCUUCCAAUCAAUGCAGUCAAGCCCUUGCAAAUGAUCCAGCAUGCAGUUGCAGGUCUUGUUUUCAAUCAGCCUUAAAAAUCCAUGUAACACCCUUCCUGAUUUCUCUUCACUGGCAGCUGGUUGCUGCCCACAUCAAGUUAAAAUCGCUGACACUGGACCUCAGAACGAUAACGGCAAAUUAAACCCUUUACCUUAACUCACUGCUCCAGGUCUACAUUCCCUCCUGUCAUCUUCGGUCUGAAAGUGAGCAAUGCCUGGUUGUUCAAUCACAGCGAGGCACCAAAUCUCUUUACUCAUUGAGUUCUCGUGUAGUGGAACAAACUGCAAGUCUCGACCCAAAACUGUCUAUAUCUUGUGUCAAAACAACAAAUAUAUAUAUAUAUAUAUAUAUGUAUUGUUCAUUUUCUCCCGUGCUUACUCCAGCUUUAAUCGUCCAAGUAGCAUGGCCUUGUGAACUAACGGUACUGUUUAGCAUGCUGGCAAAAUGUUUAAGCUCUCCUACUUGAAAGUCGCUUUAGAUAUAAGUGUCCGCCAAAUUAAUAGAGGUGAUGUAAUGUAAUAACUAUAUGAUAUAAAAGACAGGAAGUUCCUUUAUUCCAGUUCCAUUAAAAUGAUUAUAAUACUUUCUAUGGUAGUUUACAGUGCAGCUAAAUGUUCCUGUAGUGUUUUGCUGUCCAGUAACUCCUGUGCAUGUGGUAGAUGUAGUUUAAUUGUUCCCAUGUGUAUAACAGAAUGUUACGGGUUACUGCAUGCUCUGCACAUAAUUUUGACAUUGAGCUUAUUUUCUGUAUCUGUAACAGAACAACAGUUCAAAUGGUUGACAUAAACUCAACUCAGUCUUUCUUCCACAUACACAGAAUACAAAAGAACAAAAUGUCAUUCCAAACAGACCAAGGUGCAUAGAUGGUGACAAAACAGACAGUAAGCAUUACACAUACAAGAGCUGAGAUAUGAUACAUUUGAUGGGUAAAACUAUAAAAGUGUAGGAACAAAGUGCUAGUGCAUAGACGUGACCAUGUGCAGAUCUGUGUCAAAUUUACAGUGUGAAUUUUUCACAUGAAAGUACAGAUCGCUAUAGUACACAUCAAAAGUGACUGGGUGCAGAUGUCAGUUAAAAGUCAGAUGUGCAUUUGCACAUAAUGUCCUUACUGCACAGUUAAUGCAGAUGUGGGUUUAAGGGUCCAUUUAAAAGUCCAGUAUGUAUUUGUGUAUAGAAUGUCUAUUGUCCCUUUCUUACGUCCUGAAUACAGAUGCUUAGAAUGUUGCUAUUUUGGUGUGGAAUGGGGAGGAAAGUUAAAAUGAGAGUGAGGCUUUUGGUGGCACCAGGAUGUUCUUUUACCUGAUGGCAUAGGAUCAAGGAGGCUGUGGGAGGAUCCUUCACAGUGGCAGAUGCUCUGCGUACGGUGUCUGGAAGAUGUUGUGGAUGCAGAAGAGAGCGAUAAUCAUCUCAUCUGUCUUCAGUCACUAUGCACUGUACAGUCUUGCAUUACAAUAUUUUGGCCAGGAAGCUCUCCACAGUUCUUCUGUAGAAGGUGAUUGGCUCUCUCUCCAGCCUUCACAUUUUAGAAUAAUUAAGGAUAAUUAAUGACAGAAAUCAUAAAUGUGAACAUUUUCUACUCUGUACAAUUAACAGUAAAUUCAAUUUAUUUGCCGCAGGUUAAUGUGGUGAGAAAUAGCAAAUAGCACAGUAGCAAAUUUCUGCAUAACAAUAAAUUUAGAGCCUUAUACUGUUUCACAAUUACAGUUAGAUAAUCACAUAUUCAACAGAAACAGAACUGUGUGUUAUAAUAAUGUCAGAAGACAUAUGAAGCACCAUUUUUUUUAAGACAUCAUAACAUGAAAUCACUGCUUUUUAAAAGGCAGGUUAUUUCUAAAUUAUCUUACCGUGUGUAGUGUGUGCUCAGAAGUGUCAUGUGAAACAGCAUGUGAACGACUCGAUCAAUAUCUACAUACAUAUCAAGUUCAUUUGCAAUUUUUUUUGUUAAAAUAAACCUG